ACGAGGUGACAGAUCGCUCGGCUGCUAGUGUGCCAGCCAGUGCCGCCCAGAUCCACCGAUCCACGGCGUCCUGCAACCUUCGCUACUCUACUGGACCACAUGGUUGCGGCGGCAUGGCCCGGCUCCGGCGCAGCCUGCACCUCAUCCCCCAACUCCCUGCUGCUCUCGCGUCCCCCAACCCACGCGCCUCCGCCGCCGAGCUCCAUGCGGCGGCGGCUCGUCCUCGGCGUUGGCACCCCGGCCGUGGCGGCGCUGGCGGCCGCGGCGCCGCCGGCGGUGCUGCGGGAUGGGGCGGCCACACUGUUCGUUACCGCGGGCGCCUACGCCCUGGUGCGCACCUUCGACGUGCUCACCGAGCGGCGGCUCGUCGAGAAGAGUUUGAGCAGGAAGAUUGUGCAUGUGCUAUCCGGCGUUCUGUUCAUGUCAUCCUGGCCACUAUUCAGUAAUUCGACAGAAGCACGAUAUUUCGCUGCAGUUGUUCCGUUCUUGAACUCAAUGAGGCUUCUGACUUACGGACUACGUCUUUCCACCGACGAAGCUCUAGUAAAAUCCGUGACACGGGAAGGAAAACCAGAGGAAUUGCUGAGAGGUCCUCUCUAUUAUGUCUUGGUUCUACUCUUCAGUGUUUUAGUCUUCUGGCGGGAGUCCGCAAUUGGGAUUGUUUCCUUGUCGAUGAUGAGUGGCGGCGAUGGCUUUGCUGACAUUGUUGGGAGAAGGUAUGGCUCAGUGAAGCUGCCAUUCAAUGAGAAGAAGAGCUGGAUUGGGAGCAUCUCGAUGUUCAUUUCUGGUUUCCUGCUAUCCGCAAUAAUGCUGUUCUACUUCUCCAGCCUUGGUUACAUUCAUGUUAGCUGGGAGGAGGCAUUUGGUAAACUGGCUCUUGUUGCAUUGGCAGCCACCGUAGUGGAGUGUAUUCCUGUGAUUGAUGUUGUAGAUGACAAUAUCUCUGUACCUUUGGCCACCAUGUUGGUAGCUUUUCUCUUGUUUGGCUCCAACACACAAUGAUGUUGUAGAUGACAAUAUCUCUGUACCUUUGGCCACCAUGUUGGCAGCUUUUCUCUUGUUUGGCUCCAACACACAAUGAUUAAUCAAUACUACUAAAUAGUAAAUUUGUUAUUGAAUUUC